CAGGUGGUCAGCUUGCUAGGGCAGCUCAUUGACCGCUGUGAGAAGCUCUUCCACCACCAGCGACGGCGUCAGCACGUCUAUGCAGUGGGCAUCAUGUUGGACGCUGUGGAGGUGUUUUCCAUUUCAUGCAACAAUGGCAAGAUCAGUGUGGAGCGGACAGGCUUGCAGCCAUUGUCCAUUGCCAGCGGCUCACCGGGCCUGCGAUUGUUGGCAUCCGUUCUGCAGGCAUCUUUGGUGCAGCUGGGCUACAGCAGCCCCCAGCUGCCUCCCAGCUUCCAGCUAGGCAACCACACUUUGAGCAAUGCGCAGCUGAUCCAAGAAGGCAGUGCUCCAUGCAGCGGCCACCCUGGCAGCUAUGUGUUCCGCGUGACUGUCGAUGCCCUGCAGCACUCAGCCAUCCUGAAGCUCAGUCAUGAUGAUCACGAGGAGUUCAUUCUCAAGGAGCUGCAAGGCCUGCCGCAUGUCGUGCAGCUGCAGGCAUCAGGGUUGCUCGCCUAUGAGAGCAAUCUGUGGCAUGCGGUCCUCCUCCAGCCCUAUGGGCGCCUGCUGGAGCACACUGAUCCGCGGUCUUUGAUCGUGCAAGUGACAUCUGAUGUCGUACACGCAAUAUCUGACUGUGCCAGCAAGCACAUCGCGCAUCGCGAUGUGACGGCGAACAACUUUGUCAACUACCAGCAGCGAGGCUACCUGUGUGACUUUACUGCUGCCAAGGUCAUUGAGGACUGGUCUGAGCUGCCAAGCCCCACAGGAAACCCGGCAGCCAUCACAGGCACACCGCUUUUUGCAGCAGUAUCCGUGCUGGAAGGCGGCCCACAUACCCAGAGUAGCAUGUAUGAAGGGCUGUUCUACAGCCUGUUGUACAUCUGCCGAGGCGGGCGGCUGCCUGAUUCCUGGGCUUUCAAGUUCACUGGCCUGGCUGAAGCGGCGAAGCUGCGCCGUGGGUGCAUGAUGUGUGAGCCGCCUAUCAACACCUGGGAUGUGCCAGAGGAGGUUGCACCCUUCAUCCGUGCACUGCAUGCGCUGUUUUGGGCCGAGAUCCAGGAUGGUGCCUUCAAGUACCGAACGAAUGUGACGGCCAAAGAACUGCUGGAUGUGUGCAGCCAGUUCAUGGCUUAAACUUAGGAGCAUGUGUAGAAUAGCUCCAUGGUGUUUUUGGCGCUGCUUUGCAGUCUACGCGAUGGUGCUUGCAGCCUGACCAUGCCCAUAGAAUAUCAGCAUGGCCAGUCAGAACACCAGUUCGCUAUUAUCGUCAAUUGAACCGAACUACAUGAGAAAUGUGCACGAGUGCUCAAGCAAUGCUGCAAAUGCUGAUGCGGACAAACCAUGUGGCUUGCUGGCCUGGUGGGCCGAACAUGUGCUGCUUAACAGCCAUAAGCCGUAAAGUGUGGCUUAUGAACGCUUGAUGGGCUGGAUGCAAACACUAAAUGAUAUUUAAGUAGUGAA